AUGGUUAGAUCUUACGUUAGAAAAACCAAAAAGGGUGAUGCAUAUACCAAAGAACAACUGUUACAAGUUACAAAUGCAGUCACAAGCAAACAAAUGACCGUCAGCUUUUCUGCCAGAUUAUACCGGAUACCAAGAACGACGCUUUACGAUCAUAUAAAUGAACGACGUGGAAUGAAGUCUACAACUAAGGGUAGAAAUACCGCCUUAUCACCUGCUAUUGAAAAAAGUUUGGCUCAAUCAUUAACCAUCAUGGAAAAGUAUGGCCAUGGAUUAAGUCGAACCGAAGUUUUGACAUUAGUUGGUAAUUAUUAUGUCAAUGAUAAUAACUUAGUUACUCCAUUUAAAGGUGGAUAUCCAGGUCAUGAUUGGUGGAUAGGGUUUUCUUCUCGACACAAAUUAUCAUUAAAAAAACCCCAAGUUGUAGAAAAUGCUCGAAAAAAAGCUUGUGAUCCAUUCAUAAUUUACAAUUAUUUUUAUUUGUUAUGGGAAACAAUGACUGAUCUUGGUAUAGUGAAUAGACCAGAUCGAAUCUGGAAUCUUGAUGAGACAUCGUUUUGUUUAGACCCAUCUAAAACCAAAACAGUGGGACCGAUUGGUCAACCUAGUACCCGAACAACUCAUGGCUCUGGGCGUGACAAUACAUCUGUUUUAAUGGCUUGUAGCGCAGAUGACACUACAUAUGCUGCCACAUCCAAUGGGUGGAUGGAACGAGAGGUAUUUGUAAAUUAUUUUGAAAAAAGCUUUUUAAAGACAACUAAUCCAUCACCUGCUAACCCUAUUCUACUCAUAUAUGACGGACACUCAUCUCAUGUAGAUUUAAAAUUAGUUGAAAUUGCUAGAAACAACAAUGUUACAAUUAUAUUGUUGCCACCACAUUCAAGUCACUUGUUACAACCAAUGGACCUAUCAGUUUUUAAAUCAAUUAAAACAGUAUGGGACCAACGAUUAUGUUCAUGGAACCGAAGUCAUCAAGGUCAAAAGCUUCCCAAACAAGAUCUCUCGAGAAUUAUAUGCAGUAAUUGGGCACAAUUAGACACAAAAAUAAUAGAAAAUGGGUUUAGAAAAGCAGGGAUUUAUCCCUUUAACCGAAAUGCAGUUAAUAAAUCUAAAUUUGACCCUAUAAGUCUAAGUAGGUGGGAAGUUAGUAACACCCAAGAAAAUAACCAAACUACUGAUGAUCAAACUUCAACAACCGAAAUUUAUAAUGACUUAGUCAUCUAUAAUGAAGCUUCAACAUCAACAUGUAUUGCCAGCAAUAACAAUUUCAACUCAAAUCAAGCUUCAACGUCAACUGAAAAAAAUGCAGAAACAGAAAUAUUAAAUAAUAGUAAAUCGUUUGAAGAGCUAUUAUUGAUUUCUAUGAAGCAAGUUGCCGUAGAGAAAACUACCAGAAAGCAACAAAAGAACAAGAAAAGGGCAAACCAAAAAACAACAAGAAAAAAAAAACAGUCUGAAGAAGUUGUCAAUGAAGAAGUUGUAAAUGAAGAAAAGAUUCAAGACAUUAUAGACAUAAAUUUGAAUCAACCUAAUGAAAACUUAAAUAUAAGUUUUGUCAGUGGAGUGUCUGAAAUCAGUGAUUUAUUAAAUGAAUUGGAAAGAGAAAAAGAGGAUUUAGCAGAAGAAGGAUAUAUGUUUCGCACAAAAAAUUGUAUUAUAAAAGAAGUCUUUGAUGGUAUGCAUAAAAUAAAAUUUGUCAAACUGAAGACUGAGAAUAAACAUUCUACUACUUUUGUAUAUCCUAUUGCCGAUGAUAUAGAUGAAGUUUCAGAAUCUGAUAUUAUAUGUAGUUUACCAAAACCAACGAUUGGAAGAAGGGGUCAACUCGUUUUUGGAAUCACUUUCAGUCAAUAUAAUCUGAAAAAGUAA